AUGCCUAAUAACUUUCCCCAUGAUAUCGUCAUUGAUAUACUGCUAAAACUUCCUGUCAAAUCACUUCUCAGAUUCAAAAGCGACCGAUACUACUCUAUAGACGCUCCACUUCAACAUGAUUCCGCUGUCUCUCCUAUUGAACCUCCUCCAGGAUUCAAUCAUUUGUUCAUUAGUAAAUUCGUUAAUUCUUGCAACGGUUUAUUUCUUCUUGUUUUCCCUCCUAAAAACCAUAAUUUUCUGUACUACCCCGCCCUGAGAGAAACUAGCAAAAUCGUUCUGUGGAACCCGGCCCUCAGAGAAUCAAGAAUAAUCCCUCGUCCGAUCCCUAUUGAGGGCAACUACAGGUCCUAUUCUAAAUAUGGUUUAGGCUACGUUUCUUCUUUGAACGAUUACAAAAUAGUUAGGGUAGGUUACUGUCGCCAUCCUGUUCAAAUAUUUUCGACAAAGAGUGACUCGUGGAAAUUGGUAGGCAAGUUACCUCUAAACAUUGAGGCUUCUAUUGGACGCAUAGUUGUAGCUGAUGGAAUUGCUUAUAUUAUCCUUCGGCAGCCACGGCAGCCACCCACCUGGUCUUCUAGUAGGAGCAUGAUUAUAUGUCUGUGUUCGAAAAAUGAAAAUUUUGAGGAAAUAUUGUUUCCACAUUCGGAUCUAGUAGCGGAAAAUGUAUCUUUGUAUGCUGUAGGAGAAAGCCUUUUGGCUAUGUUUUGGACCAAAUUUUUUAAAGAGAAUGUUGUUGAUUUCGAGAAUAUUGUUGAUUUCGAGGUUUGGUGUUUGAAAAAGGAUGGAUUAAUGAGUUGGAGUAAAAUAUUGGCUAUUACUGAGCCUGGGCCUGUGAGUUUUAGGGCGGAUGAAGAUAUGUUGUUUUUCAGUUGGGAUAAAGGUGGAUACAUGUGUUACGAUUUCAAAAGUCAAAAGUUUGAAGAAUUUAAAGUUUGUGAGGUCAAAGGUCUCGAAGCGAGAAGAAAGUUGAAACAAUUAAAAAUUGUUUGGCCUCAAGCACCACUUCUCAUCCAUCGUGCUGUACCAUAUGUUGAGACACUAAUCUCUCCUAAUGCUAUAUAG